GACUUUCAGAGUGCGUAGCAAAUUUGCAUAGUGUAUAUUUAUUAAAUUUUACUUUGAGAAUUAAAUGACAUAAAUUAAUUAAUAAUGAACUUGCAAUUAUGCGAUAAACGAAUGAUGAUUCUAAUUUAUCAAAUAACAGUAUUUCGCAAUUAAUUUAGAAACAUAUUUUCGCGAAAAGGGACUUGUUGAGGUCACACAACACAAAUUUUACCAGCUGUCAAAUGAACGUUAGCUUCGCAAAGUGCUAUAUGCGCAUGUCUUAUGAGAUUCUGAGUUUGUACCAGAGAACAAAUUCAUAACAAUUGUCAUGGAUUAAUCAUUAAAUUAAACUACCAGGCUUCAAGUUCUUUUACCAUAAGCUUUUGGUUUUUAUUUGCUACAUGAUCUCUUUUGACAAGGCAUUGCCUUCCAUUUAAGAAGAAACAAUAAUAACAAUAGACAGGGGGAAAAAGUCCUAGGUAAAUUUCAAUUUUAAUGAAAACUGCACCUUUAGUACAAAUGCUAGGGAAGGGUCAGGUCUUUCACAGAGAAGAAAAGGGACUUAAAAGGCCCAUGUGAAAGACAGGGGAAAAAACUGUUGCAAAUAAUAUAUUUUUUGCCUAGAAAAUGGAAGAAUUGCUUGGAAAAAAGGUUUUGUUGGUUGGGGAAGGUGACUUCUCUUUUGCGGUUUCCCUGUGGAACCGCAUGCUGGCGCAGAACUUGGCUGGCAAUUGUGAAAUGAUGGCAACUAGUUUGGAGACAGAACAGUCCAUUUUGAAACACCAUCAUGCGGAAGUUAACAUGUCGUGGUUAACAGAGAAUGGACUACAUGUUAAGUUGAACACAGAUGCAACUCAGCUGCAUACGGAUUCUGCCUUUCAAGAUGCAUGUUUUGACACAAUUGUGUUUAACUUUCCCCAUAUUGGUGGCAAGUCUAAUCAUAAGAAGAAUAGAAAACUACUCAACGACUUCUUCACAAGUUCUUCAAAACUGCUUGCACCUGAAGGUAAAGUCCUGGUGACCUUGUGUAAAGGUCAAGGGGGCACACCUGCAGAUAGACCAAUGAGAGCGUGGCAUGAUAGCUGGCAGGUCGUUUCCAUGGCAGCAAAUGCCAGCCUAGUUUUGAAAUCAAUACGACCAUUCAGUAUAGAGGACUACAACACGUAUUCCUCCACUGGGUUUAGGAGUCUUGAUAAAGGGUUUCACACUGACAGAGCUCUCACCCAUGUGUUUGUGCGGGUCAACGCUGUUGUUGUUCCCACUCAUAUACAAGAUGCAGUGAUAGAUAUGCAUCAGCAGAAGUUUGCCUGCCCUCCGUAUGUUGUGGACAAACUAAAGUUCAUCCGAGAGAUAAACAACAAUGCUGAUCAUCCUGUACAUAGACUGCAUCAUCAUUUGACCAGUCUGUUGCACACUGCCGCCUCAUCCCAUGGAUAUACAGUGGUGGAUCAAAAAUUAAACACGUGUCCCAUAUCUCAGUCAUUUCCACAGGAAGAUGGAACUCGGAUUCAGAAAAAUUCCCUUUUUUCAAGUAUGCUGCCGCCUGCAGAACAGUUUUCGCUUAAGGAGCAAUACAUUUUACCUUGUUUAAAAACAGAGGAAUGUAUUGAUUGUCCAAUGCUUAAACUAUGUGAUGACCCAGAACAUAUUGAGGUAUUUAAAGGCAUUAUGAAUGUGGCGUUGAUUUCUUCGCCUCUUGAGCUGAUUCAAAAUGUACAAACGAGUAACUCAACAAGGGAAGGCGUCUUUUGUGCCUAUGGACCUUUAUUCACAAGAUGUAUUAUCACGAAAGAAUUGCCAGUAAUGUAUCACACAUGUAUUAUGUUUUGUAUUGAAGACGCAACUAUAGCUGAUUCACUGAAUAGUGAUGGAAAUAUUGUGGCAAAGUUUACUCAGAUGAUAAAAUCUCGUUUCGAAAUUGUUCUUUGUCCUGUACCAGAAAAGCAGCCAUCUUCAUUACAAGGUAAUGUUUUUGUGAAAAUAUUUGAUCUUGUCAGAACAAACACUGAAGAAGAUGAACAGACUGACAAUUUUUUAGGCUGUAUUUAUCAGAGAAACAUUUGCGGUAGACAACGGCAUGUAGUAGUUACCUUAAAUCUAAGCAAACUUUCCUGUGACAUAUUCGGUAUUUAUGACGAAAGACACUUGUGGUCAGUAGAGCCUCGUACUAUGAAGCAGUUUUCAAAAGAAACAACACGUGAGACAGCUGAAAACUGUAGCAUCAUCUUCAACGAAAAAGACGGAACAUUAGAGCUCAAUUCAACGCUUGAGUUUCCAGUUUCCAAGUUUCAGACCGUCAGCCUGUAUCCAAUGACCUAUGUUCACGAUAUGAGUUUUUGGGAGAAAGAUAGUACAGCGUUUGAUGAGCUUGUGUUCAGUGACUGUAUACGAGACGUUGCAGGAGAUAACGUAGUGUCGGUCAUGUUCCUAGAUGGAUACAAGGAUUCAAAAUCUGGGAGACAAAGUCGAUGUUAUCGACUCGUGUUUCAGUCCGCCGAUAAAGCCAUGCCUUACGAUGCUUCUUGGAGGUUACAAAGCAUUUUAAGACUGUAUGUGCAGCACAAAAUGGGAAUUACUUUAAGAUGAUUAUUUACGAAGUUUGAUAUUUACAUAAAACUGAUAUUUAUGCACACUAUUUAUACUGGUCUCGCGUUGAUUUAAUAUGAACUUGAUUUUGUUUUUUUUUGUGUGUUCACUUUCCAGCCAUAUCAGUAAAAUGUUUUGCAUUUAUUUCGUAUAAAUAUUCGCUCUAUAUCUCGACUUUGCAUGUACUCGUUACGAAAUUUAUGAGCGGGAUCUUAAAAUUACAGCUCCCGCUAAGACAACGCGUAGCGAUAAAAGUCGAUAUAUAAAGCAAAAAUAUUAAUAUAAAAUAAAAGCUUAUCACUUUCUAACUGAUAUGGUUGAAAAAUGAGCGGCAUUUAAAAAAUUCACAAAAGUAAUAAAGGGUAUAACACGGCGACAAAUACCUCUCUCGGUAUGGACGUCGCCAUUUUGACUUUCACGUGAUUAUCCCCUCUGGUAAUAUAUAAAAGUAAAAUUGUAACAUAACCAAUAUCGUAACAUGAACAAUAUAUGAUAUAUAAAGCUGAAUAAUAUA